CCGUUCCAAUUUGAGAAUUGGGGCGUUGAGCUUGGACAAGUUUGGGAUGUACCAAAAAAGCGCUGGGGAAAGCGUUGUAUAUACUCUCCCAGUUCAGUGACAGAGUUGAAGUGGAAGUUUGCACGCAAACCUUCAUCUCUGACGACUUUUGUUGCAAAAAGCGCUCCACCACAGCAUUAUAAGCAA